AUGGAAGCCAUCGUAAAGGGCCAAACCGAGAGACCAGACUCGUUCCCACGCAUCAUCACCUGUCCCAGCGAGAUGGUCGCUCUCUCCAUGGCCGAUGGCUACGCUCGUCUAACAAACAAGCCGCAAUGCGUGAUUGUCCACGUCGACGUGGGCACACAGGCCCUGGGACCCGCGAUCCACAACGCCUCCUGCGGCCGAGCCCCAGUCCUCAUUUUCGCGGGUCUAUCACCCUUUAGCAUCGAAGGCGAAAUGUGCGGCUCCCGCACAGAAUUCAUCCACUGGAUCCAGGACGUCCCAGACCAGAAGCAAAUCGUCAGCCAGUACUGCCGGUACAGCGGGGAGAUCAAGACGGGCAAGAACAUCAAACAGAUGGUCAACCGCGCCCUGCAGUUUGCCACCAGCGACCCCAAGGGCCCAGUCUAUCUCAUGGGCGCUCGAGAAGUCAUGGAAGAGGAAAUCCAGCCGUACACGCUCGACCAGACCCUCUGGACCCCGACGCAGCCGACAGCCCUCCCGGAUCGCGCCCUCAAGCCCAUCGCCGAGAUCCUGCUCAACGCCCAGCGUCCGCUCUGUGUCACCGGAUACAGCGGCCGCAACCAUGCCGCCGUCGAUGCGCUCGUCACGCUGGUCAACACCGUCAAGGGCAUGCGCGUCCUGGACACCGGCGCCUGCGACAUGUGCUUCCCUGCCGACCACCGCGCCUGGCUGAGCAGCCGCUACGGCGUGCACGAUGCCAUCCCCGAGGCCGAUGCUAUCCUCGUGCUGGACUGCGACGUGCCGUGGGUCCCGACGAGGUGCAGGCCGCAGCGUACCGCGCGGAUCAUCCAUAUCGACGUCGACCCGCUUAAGCAGCAGAUGCCCGUGUUCUAUAUCGACGCGGAAAUGCGCUUCAAGGCGGAUGCGGAGACGGCGUGCAGGCAGAUCGUCGAGUAUAUCAUGCAGGAUGCGUCUCUGCGAGAGCUGACUGUGUCGUCGGCGUUUAAUGAGCGCUGGGAACGCCUCGGGCAAUCCCAUCAGGACCUGUUGGCUUCGAUUGCGGCAACCGCGAAACCUAACCCUGAUAACACAUUCACAUCCGCGCAUUUGUGCAGUCUGCUCCGCAGGCUGGCCCCGCAGGACGCGAUCUACGCAACGGAGGUUGUGACUAACACUCCCGUCGUCGCCGACCAUAUCCAGGCCACACUUCCCGGUCACUGGAUUAACUGCGGAGGUGGUGGUCUCGGCUGGAGUACUGGGGGUGCGUUGGGGAUCAAGCUGGCGUCGGAUGAGCUGGCUGGAGGUCCCGGAAAGGGCAAGAUGGUGAUCCAGAUCGUGGGCGAUGGCACGUUCAUGUUCAGCGUGCCCAGCAGUGGAUACUGGAUCUCGCAGAGAUACAAGAUCCCUAUCUUGACUAUUGUUUUGAAUAACCGAGGCUGGAACGCCCCCCGGGCGUCAAUGGAGCUUGUGCAUCCCGACGGGCUUGGGUCUCGCGUCACGAAUCAUCAGUUGAAUAUCGCGUUCUCCCCGCCGCCUGACUACUCUGGGAUUGCGCGCGCGGCAUCGAACAAUACCAUCUUUGCGGCGAAGGUCGGAGAAGCCUCGCGGUUGGAAAGUGUUCUCAAGGAGGCUAUCGCAACAGUGCAGAGUGGGACAAGUGCUGUGGUUGAUGCGGUGAUUAGCAAUUCGUUGGAGCCGGCCAAGAGUAAACUGUGA